AUGUAUUUUGGGGAUUGUUUUAUAAUUACGUCGCUGAAUUAUGUUAUACUUAUUUUUCCUUUUCUCUGGAUAUCUGUGUUUAGCAACUACCUUGACAUUCCGGUUGUAGAAAACUUCAAAUAUUCUGAUAAUCAUUCGGAAUUAUUUGAUGAGUCGACCGGUUUUUCUUAUGACCCCAUGAGUCCUUUGGUUAAAUGCUCUUAUCUUCCUCGUCAUUCCAUUUGGUGUGAACCUCCCUUAGAUUUAAGAAGUAACAAGUCGCAAUACGAUGAAUUGAAAUACGGAUGUUUAAAAUGGGGCGGAAAAGCGACUGAUUCGGUUAUGCUGACAUCACUUGUGUGUCAUGCUUUGGACAAUAUUGAGUGCUACGGGAAUCGUACCUUUUUGUUACCCGAUUAUCCCUGCCUUCAUUACAAAGGACAUUACUUUGUAACAACAUUCCUAUACAGCUUACUACUAGGAUUUUUUGGUGUUGACCGGCUAUGUCUGGGUCAUACUGGUACAGGCCUCGGUAAACUCCUAACAUUGGGUGGGGCCGGUAUUUGGUGGAUAGUGGAUAUCGUCCUUCUCAUUCGUGGCGAUUUGGGUCCAGCUGAUGGGAGUUCCUGGAUGCCAUUUUACUAG